AUGUUUAAUCCAUCGAUCACUCCUUCAACACCUUCGAACCCGAGCGCUCCACUUCCUACCAAUGCGUCUUUGGAGGUGAACAGCAACGACGGAGCCGGGUUUGACCCCAGACACAUUGUUGGCCAGGCUAGUCCACAUGACCCUAACCAGACGGUGUUUUAUCAUCAAGCGAGCCGGUGCCAGUAUACUCAACAACGUGGAACCACCAGUUCGGCACCUCCCUUAUAUAACCCAAUCGGAGCUGGCUCUCAGCCGUUGGGUUUGGUGUCUCCUUCGCCUAGACCAAGGAAUGUCCUUGUCAACCAAACGCCCUCGAUUCAAAGCCUUGGUCAACACGACUCUUUGGAUUCACAACAGAUGAAUCGGAUUCUUGCCCCCAAUUCCUCUCAAUUGUCCAGCUUCGAUGCCCAUCAAGUGGUCCAAACACCGUCCGAUUUCAAUCAUCGAACCAGGGAAUUAACUCCUGCCGAAGACUCUUUUGUGGUUUUAGAAUCUCCAACUACAACCAUUCAACCUGGCAGACGUGAUCCUAUGUUUCCCUUCGGAUAUUCGAGUUUGGAUGCACAACACUCCAGUCAAAGCGUUCGAUUGAAUCAAUCCCAAGUUUCUCAAACUUCGACUAACGGUGUCAUUCCUCCAACUGGGGACCAUCACAUACCUAGUCGGGAGAGUUCUUUACCGCCAUCACCAUCUGAUUUGUGGAAUGACGCUCAUCAUGAGAAUCCGGCUGCUGGCGAGCAGGAAGCUGCUAACAUGACUUUAGAUGAACCUGAAGAGCUUAUGCACGAAAUGUGGUUCAAGUAUGUAGUUCAUUCACGCCAAGGUGUGGAUCCUGCUCGAGGCCCGGCGGUAGCUAAGAAUCGAGCACCGAAGAUUUUCAGUCACACCUUCAAAGCGCGCAAAUUUGCUAUCAAUAUCAACAAUUACUCCUUCUCGGACUUGAAGCAAGAUCUUUUUGAAAGGAUCAAAUGGGUAAAAGUUCGGAAGGAAACAGUUUCAUUUUCAAAGCGGCGGACUCUACCAACUCUUCACGAUAUUUACAAUAAAGGAGCGGAGAUGGAGUUGACAUCCGAUGAGGAUGUCAAGGCCUUCUUUAAGGCUGUUGCGAGUCAACCAAAGCGGACUAGUGGUAUUGACACAUUAAUGGAAGAUCCCAACAAAAAGAAGUUGGAGGCUGAAAAGAUGCUUUCUAUCGGUCAACAUCAAUCACAGGCUAGAAAUAUCAAUGACAAUGUGGAGACUUCGAAUUCCGAUCUCGCUCAUACCACCCCAGUUGACCCAGUGGAUACCGCUUUGGCCGCCUUAAUGUUAAAAUAUAGCACUGCAAAUAAUAACAACUCCGAGGGAUGGCGAGUGUACAAGCACAACGACAUCACAAAAGUAAUGCCGAUGAAUUUCCAAUUGUUGAGAAUUUGGGCGGAGCAUAUGGUUAAAAACCCUUCGAAAGUCACGCUGGAAGUGCCCCCAGAAGCCGAAGGGUUUGAAUGGACCGAUUUAAAGAAGCCCGUCGCUAUGCAGACCCCCCUGAGCCCUGGAAAUGGCAUAACGGAGCAACCUGCAAAAAUUGUCCCUGGCACCAUUUCAGAAGCUCAAGGUUAUGACAUAGCUGUAGAUCCAUACGAUUUAGACCGAAUCCGUACCUACGCCACGAUGGAGGAGUACAUGGCCUUCGCCGGGGUUCGAGUUGAGAAGCACGACGAGGUCGCUGCCAUUUUAUUAGAUCACGAUAUCGACCGUUUCAACGCUUUCCUUUAUCCCGAAGAGACCGGUCUAAAAGACCUAAUCGACAUGGGCAUCAACCGAGGAAGCGCUAUGAGGUUAAUGAACUGCGCCCGUCGCUUUUAUCAAUACAUCCUCAGUGAAGAAGUGAACAACCCCAAAGAACCGUUUGAUUCUAGCAUGAUCAUCUAA